AUGAGGAGCUGGCUCCAUGGCGCCCUCGUGCUUGGGCUGUCGUGCAUGGCAGCCCAAGCCUUGGAGACAACUUUGGAUCAAUCCAACGAAAACCGACAAGUAUGCGCCGGGAUGUACAGUAAAGCUUCAUGGGGAGGAGCAGUGAAUCCACAUAUACUUGUCAAAUGGAUAAAGCAGGAGGGAGAGGGUGAUGCAGACCCAAUUGCGAGCAUGGUUAUUUUCGAAUGGAAAGACUACAACCUCAUAGGUGUCUACCCAACACCGGAUUCUCUUACGAAAGAAUAUAUCUGCGAUCAAGAGACCAUCAGGAACGAAUACUGCAACAGCAAUCAAACUGGGGAAUUUAUCUUGGCGCCGAAUGCGACUGACGUUUCGAAGAAUAUGAUUGUAACUAAGGCCGUGCAUUUAAAGGAUCCUGGGGGGCCGAUGAAUUACGCUAUCAAGAAGACAGGUUACUAUUGUGUAGGGACGACCGCCUUCUCCCCGACAGAUGCAAAGUAUAAGGCUGUUAUCGAAUUUCGAAAUGCGUAUGGGGAGCUGCCUGCCUCUGAGAUCGCUAAACUCCCAUUUUAUGGAGGUAUCACGAUUGUGUAUGCGGUUGUUGGAGCGUUCUGGGCGUUCCUUUACGUUCAACACAGACGCGAUAUAUUACCGGUUCAAAACUAUAUCACUGCCAUCAUCAUAUUCUUAGUUGUAGAGAUGUUGAUGACUUGGGGCUUCUAUGAUUAUCUCAACCGCAAUGGAUCCAAUAUUGGCUCGAAAGCACUGAUGAUAAUAGUUGCAAUAUUAAAUGCAGGCAGAAAUUCUUUCUCCUUCUUCCUUGUCCUCAUCGUCUGCAUGGGAUAUGGGGUUGUCAAACCUAGCUUAGGCAAGACUAUGGUUUAUGUCCGCUAUCUGGCCGCAGCACACUUUGUGUUCAGCUUGGUCUCCGCAAUUACCAGCUUGACGGUUUCGCCUGAACAUGCUGGUCCACUCAUCCUACUGGCCAUUCUCCCUCUGGUAGGAACCCUAACUGCUUUCUACAUCUGGACACUUAACUCCCUCAACGCAACCAUGAAAGACCUCAAAGAGCGCAAACAAACUGUCAAAGAAAUGAUGUACCGAAAACUAUGGUGGUGCAUCCUAAUCUCGAUUCUGGUAAUCUUCGGGUUUCUUUUCUUCAACUCCUUCACAUUCGCCUCAGCCUCCGACCCGGAUUUCGUUCCUUUCCACUGGAAGAGCCGUUGGUUUAUCCUCGACGGCUGGGUCAAUCUCGUAUAUCUCGCAGACGUCAUUUUCAUCGCUUAUGUAUGGAGGCCGACUGCGAAUAACAGGAGGUUUGCUAUGAGUGAUGAAUUGGCACAGGAUGAUGAAGGUUUCGAGAUUGCGGAUUUUGGCGCAGAUGAUGAGGAUGAUGAUGAUCCUGAGAGCUCCGCGGCACAUAGAGGCGACAGGACACAGGCCGGCCAAGAAGGACCGAGGUAUGAUCCCGCUCCCGGGGCGAAGACGACGAAACCUCCGCCAGGUGCCAAUACGGCGAAGGAUAUCCCUCGGGAUAGUCUUGAUGGAGAGACCAUUUUCGCGGUUGGCGAAGAUGGUGAUCGGUGGUCAGAUGAUGGUAGUGAUGAGGAACGGGGAAAGCUUGUGGGAGGUACCCAUAAAGAUUAG